AGAAAGAGGGACAGAGACGGACAGAGGGAACAUAAUUAAAAGCAGACACCUUUAAGAUGCCUUGGAGAAUUGUAGUAUUUUACUCUUUUUCUUCAGCGGACCGUGGCAGACUUAAAACAUUUAUCUGAGGCCCAUUUACAAAGGAUCAAAACUAGAGUCGUCUUAGUGAUAUUGACGCUCAACUUUUUUUUUUAAAGUGCGGGAUUUCCUGAAAAGACAUGAGGGUGCAAACUUUCCCAAGAGCGCAAAUUUUGCAGGAGUUUAAUUUGCAGUGCCAGGCAUUGGCUGCUAAUAGCUACAGAGGCUUUAAACAGGAGUUUGAGGAGCUCAAUGAAGUUGGAAAAGAUCUCCCCACCAGGGCCGGGGACUCUGAGGCCAACAGGGAAAAGAACAGAUACCCAUUCAUUUUACCGUAUGAUCACUGUCGGGUCAGGCUCUCUGUUCAAAACUCCUAUCCACACACCGACUACAUCAAUGCAAACUUUGUGCCUGGUGGAGGCUCAGAAAGAGACUUCAUUUGCACCCAGGGUCCUUUGCCCAACACCAUAGCUGACUUCUGGAGGAUGGUGUGGGAGCAAAACGUCAGGAUUGUUGUCAUGGUGACAGCUCUGAAACACAAGGACAUCGUUUUCUGUGACAAGUACUGGCCACUGGACCCAGGGACAGUUUACCAUGGACUCAUCCAAGUCACAACAGUGACUCGCAAAAAAGGGCCAGAUUAUUUUAUCACCACCAUUAACCUCCGGCAUAGAGACUGUCCAACAGACAGGAUAAUCACACACUAUUACUACCCCUCCUGGCCUGACAGGGGAGUCCCUAAGAGCCCAUCCACUCUCUGCGUCUUCACUGAGCAUGUGCGGCAGCAUUUGGAAACCAUUCCUCGUCUGGGACCGGCUGUGGUGCACUGCAGUGCAGGUAUUGGCCGGACAGGAACAUUUGUAACACUGCUCUGGCUGCAACAACUGUGUGCAAGGGGUAUCCGGCCUGAUAUCAAGGCUGCUGUGCAGGACCUUCGUCUGCAUCGAAUGGGGAUGGUCCAGACUCUGGAGCAGUACGUGUUUGUUCAUCAGUGUCUGUUACACUGGCUAAGUGGAGGAACCUCAGCAUGGAGCUCACAGAUCCAGACAACCAGUUUAAAUGCCAACAACGGCAUCCCUGAUCGGCCUAAGAGCUCAUCAGCACGGAGAGCGCGAUCGGGGAGGAGCCACCGUCACCAACCCCGACAGAAACCUGCAGCUGACCCACCACAGAACACAAUACAGCAGAUUUUAAACCCGGGCAACCUACUGAGGCGAUUACUUCCUUCCUCUUCACUGCUGAAUCCAGCCACACACUGAACAGACAUGCUGGAAGAUGUAAAUAUGUAAAGAAAGACUACAUAAAAAUUUUUGCCAUCAUACAUUAGCUCAGACAGAAGGACCUGUAUACUGCUUGCGGUCGGGCCCUGCAGGCAGAAAACUGGCCUGACAACAUGCAGAUAAAAGAAAGAGCAGCUUGUAUCGUCAUUAGAAGAGAAUGAAUUCAAGGAAGAAGAAAUCAGGUCAAACCUGUUACCCUACCUAUCCUGGCAAAAAAAAUAUUGAGGCUGGUACCUGUAUAUACUGGCACAUACUUCAUGUUACUGACAAAAUAUUUAAUGUUAGCACAGCAUGUCUUUCUAUCUCAUUUUUAAAGUUUUUAUUUUUAUUGUGACUACUGAUAAAGUG